GGAAAAUUACUCUUAGAAUUUUCCUUGGCAUCAUUUAUCAUAUCAACGUUAGCCAUUGGAUUUGUCCAACCGUUGACACCGUAUUGUGUGGUGAAACCCGUAAAUGUAACUACAAAAUGUUUUUAUCUUGAACCAGCAGGACAAACUAUUCGAGGUGGUGCGUUGGGUUACCUGAAAAAAGCAACCGGAAUUGGUCGAAAAAAACGAGAUGCCCCUCCCAUCUUUGAGACAAUCAUUGAUCUGAGCUCUUACAAUAAGGAGGAUGAUGUUGUACCAGGUCUUUCACCAAUUGCUUUAACAAAAGAUAAGGUAUGCAAUUACGAUGAAGAUUUAUAUGGUGUUUUAGUUAGUCCACCGCAUAGUACACGAGUCUAUCGUAAACCAGCUGUGGAGCAAGUAAGAUUACUAUCUUCGUUACAGUAA